AUGACGCCCGUCCACUCCCCACACCACUCAGUUACCUCGUCUGCCUCCUCCCGGACUCCCGUCCACGUCCUCACCAUCCACGAGUAUCGCAAGCAGCAACACACGCCUACGCUAUCGCGAACAGGUACACCGUCAGGCAAGACUCUUCGGAGGAAACCUGCGGCACUUGCCUUGAACGAUAUCGAACGCGCACCAUCGGUAUCGCAUUCGACACGGUCAGACUCAGGUCCACCAUUGCGUCCUCUUCACUUUUCGCAGUCGGCAUACCAACUCAACUCGAUUGCUCCGCCGCCCCAGCAACCAACACUGCUCGAACUAUCGCUUCGGUCGCAGUCAGCUGAGCCUCGCGUGCAGACGGGCAGUAUAUCCAGCAUAUCCACUGGAAACUCGUCUAGCAAGAUGGCGCCCAAACGAGCCGUUUACGGCGAUUUCCGCGCAGCGCAUGCAGGUAUUCUGCGACGUCCUGAAGAUGAGCCAGAGCAGUCGCAUAUGGAGCUUCCGCUUGAACCGUCACCUGCUGCCCUCAGUCCCAACUCCUCGUCUUAUACAUCGCCUCCGUACAGCCCCGAAUCAGUCAGUGCGCCCUCUCCGCUGACCAUCAAGCCGCCUGCUCGCGAGUCGCGUUUCUCCCUCAAAGGAUUGACUCGCACCUUGACGAAGAAGCUCACCAAGACUCCGUCGGCGUUACAGGGCGAGGAGUUGCAGGAGAUGCGUAGCGAAAACGUGAGCAAGGCAUCAAUCAGCAUGGAAGGAGAAUUCCCGCGCCCUCUACACCAGACCUAUAUCACAACCCCCGAAACAUCAUACUUCCCGGUCGGACCAAUGUCGCCAGCCACGCCCAGCAGCCCCCUGUCACCUGAAGGCUUUCAUGCCUUUACACCGGCGUUCCCACAAGCCUUUUCUCCUGGACAGAACGAAGCGGAGGCAUCGCGAGGUCAAUCCGCUGGACUCUAUCAGACGGAUUCGCUAGCAUCCAUGCUGCCGGAUGAGCACUCGACGGAGAUCGGACGAUUAGAUGAGUCUCAUCUACCUUACUCUACUGAAGGCGGUUUUUCGAAGCCCUACUACGACGAUCUUGAUUCGAUCUACCCCAGUUCGUCCAUCUACACCGCAGAUGGUCAUCGGAAGUCCAUGUAUCAGCAGGGACUCCAGAGCGACCGGAACAGCAGUGGCAACCCGUUCGCUCGGCUUAGUGGAAUAAACGCAAGCGACUUUGCCAAUGAGUACAAUCCUAACAGCUCGUACGAUUAUGGCGACUCUAAUCGAAUGAGUCGGCAAUUGUCACGUCCAUUCGCGCAGGACAUGUACCACCCUUCGGUCGAAGAACGUGAUCCCAAGACAGACACCAUCAGCAAACUCAUCGAUGAAUAUAGCCCGCAUGAUGCUGCAAAUGCGCCCAUGGCCACUCAUUAUGAAGGCAAAGGAAAGGGGGUUCAACAAACUGGUUCAGGUUCAAGGCGGCCUCCGAUUACCCAGCACCCAGGUUCACCCCCUCGUGAAGCGGCUCCUCUUGCACCGGCCUUUGAGUACGAUGAAGCACCUUUCGUUCCUCCACGUCUACCAAUGUCUGGUAUGUUCUCCGAUGAAUCACGCUACUCAUACGGAGAUACUCGAAAUCUGCUCCGCAUCUCGGAGUCAGAUGUCUCGUUUCAGCCUGCUAUGAAAGGCACUCUGGAGCCAUCUUCAUCGUACUCUCAACCAGAAGCCAGGACUCUCGAGCCUUCGUCUUCUUACUCUCAAGGGGACAACCCGCAGAGUCCGCAUACGCCUAGAGAGGCUCUCGAACAGGCCGAGCAGAUUUUCCAAGACACGGCCAACAAGCAUCAGGAUGACCGUAAGAUCCCCGCGAUGUGGGCUAGACGCAACUCGGCCAGCCUAAUGCUAAGUAAAUCAGCCACAAACAGGUCAUCUGGUGUUCCCGAGGAGUUCGACACACCUCUUGGUGGCGGAGACGCAGCUAUUACCGGAGAUAAAGCGGAUUGGGAGACGGUCGGCGGCAACAGUCGCGAUUCGAAAGGCCACGAGUCUCUUCUUAGCAGUAUUGCAGACUAUAGCAGCAGUGAGGGUACCCGGAACAGUCUUGGCCUAAACUCGGAUGGCUCCCUUCCUUCCUGGGCGAAGCUAGCUCAAUCACCGGCUCGUUCGACCUACUACAACCACCCUAGUCCUUCACGCACUCAAAACCCUCAACUGUUCGGCUCGUCGCCACCACAGUUGAGAGCUCAAGCAAGUGUCCGUACCGCACCCGAUACUUCAUCUCCUCCCUUGGCCACUAGCCCUCCAGCGUCGCGGACAGCACCCUUGUUCCAGUUCGCUACUCAACCUGAGGACGUUCGGGGGCGCGGUGCCGUCGAUCAGCCAUAUGCUUACGCUCCCUGGGCGGACCCAUACGCCUUCAGUGACAAAGAGACGCAAGAACUGCUAGCUUCUGGCCCUAAUGAUAACAUCAUUAUCGAUGAGCAGCGCGCUUCGUCUGUGGGUCAGUCACAAGGACAUUACCGGUGUAGAAGCGAUGAUAGUACUCUACCGACUUCAAGUACCGCUGAUGAGAGCGUUUUCGACAACAGUCCUAUUGGUCUCGAGCGCCAAAACACAUUUGAGAAGCUCUCCUAUGUUGGGCCUAAGGGCAACCUCACUGGUACUCCUCGCGGUACUGGCAUGCAUGAGACAGGUAGCAGUGUCGCAGAUACUAGCAGUCCUGGUGUGAAGCUCAGCUCGAGCGUCGGUCGCCAGAGCGUUCGUUCAGACUACACCGGGUUCUACGCUUCGCCCUUCCCAGCUACAGGCAGCGUGACUCGCAUCAGCCAGUCCCGACCAGUCUACAAGCCGAGUCCCGAGCAUCGAACACCAUCAGAAGCUAGUCUAUUCUCACAGACGCCAGAACUGGAAACUGUUCAAGAGACCUCUCCAAACCCUGGUGCUCGCAAGCACCUCCGUAACUCUACCACGUUCCUGCGUCAACAACGCCGCACGAGCCGCUCUGCCGUACCCGGUCAGACGAAACUGCGGCAGAUGUUCCUUGCGCCUGAAGCUGCUCGAUCGACCAUCUCGACUCAAGACACGCACAUCACGCGCUUCGUGGCCCACAGUGAUCGUCCCUCUACCAGCGACACUACCACGCCUCUUCGUCCCACACACCCUAGCCUAGACAUCUACCCCGCGCCGGUCCGGACCAACAUUGCCCACCAGCACUCACCUCACCUUCUCUGUGUGGAGCGGGAGCCCAACCCAGAAGAUGAGGCACGCCGCCGCAAGCUAUCAUGGUGCAUCCUCAUGGCCUUCUGUCUCCUGCCGCCCUGCAUCAUCCUCUUCCGUUUCAUAGGAGACAAGGUCAUCGCCGAGCUUACCAAAGGCCAUCUGGGCCACGUCACGCCACAGUCUAAGCGAACGGCGCUCAUUGCUGGUAUCGUCGUUAAUGUUGGCCUUGUCACUGCAAUCUUGGUUCCGGUCUUGGUCGCGCAGGCUCUGAAAGCUGCUUGA